CUGUCGUCUGCUAAUGUGUUGGGCAAUUGUCUGUUUCGCUUGAAUUCGCCUUGGCAGUUAACAUAAAAAUAGAAAGAAAUAUUUCAAAGGGGUCGAAUUCUAAGUAGGCUGCUUCCAGAGUGCGUGCUGUGACUACUCAGGUUAUUCUUAAAACCUUGCACAAAAUCUUGGUGAUAUUUUGUAUAUCUUCGAGCAAAAAACUACAACAUAGCCAUUUGCGCAGCAAUAGCAGUGGUCGGGUAAAUGGGGUAGAAAGCGAUGCAAACCGGGUAAUGGAACCGGUUUCUUCAUUUUAUCACCCACGUGAAACCCGGGUAGGCCGCGGGCUCAAAUAUAGAGGAAUCGCUAAAACCCACGGGAUCCAAUUCUUAAGAAAAGAAGCCCUACCUGUACAAAUACCUACCCAUCGGGAAUGGGGUUGAGGUGUACAUGACUACAAACAAGACUAGUAAACCACAAAUCACCUGCACGUUAGGACGUCGUUUUCGAAAACUUGUUGACCCGCAGUAUUAGUGAGAAAGGGAUCACUUUGGUUUCUUAUCAUUAUUUAGGUUUCUAUCCAGUUAGUGACUGAAUAUCCAAAAUCACAAUACAAAAAAUGGCUGGAAUAGAAGAAGAGCAACAUCAUGUAAAAUUUAUUGAGGAAACUGGUACUUUUGGUAAAGAAAACACCAUUAAUAUCCAGAAAUUAUCACAAUGGAGUUUACAAGCUCACCUAGGAUUUUUAAAGCUGAACCAUUCAUAUGAAAUUUGCCUUUCACUAGACAACCCCAUGACCAAGGACAACUCACGAUGGCUUGCCAAUGAUUCCACUUCAAAGACCUAUAGUAGUGUCAAAUGCUGUGAAAAUGAAGACAGUAAAAUCAAUUUACACAUAAUUUUAAGGGCAGGAAAACCAAAGUUGAUGAAAGAGCUUAUCAAAUUGACCUGUUCUACUGAUUCCAGUGUGCAUCUUGAAAUCACACUUUUGGCCAGAGUCUUAGGUAAGGGCCAAGGUACUCCGAUGCUCAAAGACGGGAUCCACUGCAUUGGGGCAGAGGUCGAUGAAGAGGCUGAGGCCUCCGAUUGGCAAGGUUUUGAUUGAAUUGAAGAUUUUUCCGUUUUCGUAUUUAAAGUACCAGAAUAAGAUGUAAACGAACAGUAUUUUAUUUCUGUGUAGUGUGAACAUGAUUGCCGAAAAGAGAAUUGAAUUUACAUAUUA